ACGCUUUGACGCCGUCGCCAUGGAGACGGCGCAGGCGGCGACUUGCCGGCGAGAGGACGAGAGAGAGGUUCCUGGCCGGCUCCGAGCGAGUUUCCUCUCCGUUCUCCUGGCUUCUCCUCCCUCCCUCCUCCUCCUCCUGCUGCUGCUGCUGCUGCGACCUUCUCGCUCGCCUCCUUCCCCUCCAGCGAGGCGUCUCCAACACGCCGUUUGCUGCUGCUGUCGCCGCUGUAAGCGGCGUUUCUCUGAGGCGGCGCCGGUGGCGUGCGGUGCUGAUACUGUACAGCGCGAAGUUCCGUCUCAAGUGAAGCGCAAACGUGUCUCGCCAACAUGGGGGUGUCACUCUCUCGUGCAGCUCAGUGGACCUCCGACAGCGCGAGAGGCAGGGUGACUUUAGAGCCCACACCAAUGAAUGAAGUAUUGCUCAACAGUAUUGCAAACUAUGCUGAGGAGUUCGGCAACCUCCAUAUUCAUGAGGCAGCACUCGAGUUUUAUGAACCAUUACAGUGGGAAACUUUGCUACAGCCUUCUGAUUUUACACAAGACUACAUUCCCAGCGAGACAACGGUCGCAUCCAAGGAUACGAAACACGAUGGACAGCCUCUCCUUUACCUCUCUGGGCAGACUGUCAGUGUGUCCAACUGGAACCACCUCUCUCGGUUACUGCAAGCUUCUGGGCAGCACAAGCUCAAGGAGGUGCAAUCCUGCCUGGAAGCUAACCGAGAUCCAGUGACAAAGAUACUUGGCAAAAGUUUUGCCACAGUGGAAGGGGAAGGCCCAGCAGCAUUGCAUUUGCCAGAGAUAGGAGAAAAAGGGGACCCUGGAACAGAGAUCAAGAAGAGGCUUCUGGUACUGUUGCAGCAGUUUGACCUGCAGUUACUACAAAGCUGCCUGAAGCAAGUGGCCGAAAAGGUGUCGAUGAGUCCUGAAGCAAUAAACCGUGAAGUGGAGCUGUUGCAGCCUUUGUCUGGGGACUCCACCAAAUCCUUAAUACGCAGCAUACAACAUAUCUCAGAUUAUGUGUUCUCCAAUGGGUGCCGGGCACCACCUUGGAGGCAAAUUGAGGGAGACAUCUGUUACUUGAUGAUCAAGCCCUGUGAUACCGAGCUCUUGUCAGUCACGUGCAGCACGGUGGGAGUGUUUCUCAAUGGGGGGACUGAAAAGGAUGGAGAUGAAAUCAUCUACGAACGUAAAAGUGACAUUUACAAAGAUCUAAUUUCUCUGCUAAAGGACAGGUCCCCAAAAUUUGAUGAGAACAUUAAAAAAAAGGACUGUGCUUUGCACAUGGCCUCGCUGUCCUCCCAGCAUGGGAGCUCCCAAAAAGGGAAAAAACACAAGAAAGAAGGAAACAACCAAACAGUGACAAAAUCCAAAGUGAUUUAUCCAGAAGCAGAGAAAAAAGCAGUACAUGGGCUGAUAAAGAACCACAAACCACAGCCUUCUCUAACAUGGAAGAACUUGGGGCUUAUCCAACCACAGGAAACUGGAAAGUCUGCCAAAACAAAGAAUCACCAGCAUAGCACAAGCCAACAGCAAGACAAUGAAAAACUGGAUCAUGGGAAAAAGAGACACCCAUCCACUGCCUCGCUAAGUAAACGGUGGCCUUCUCACAAGACGGGAAUUUCGCUGAGAUUGGAGGACGAGGAUGAGAGUGACAGCUCUAGUGAGAGCGAGGAGGAGGAGGAGCAGCUUGAUCGGCGCCAGGAAGCCAGCAUGGAUCUACCGUCAGAGUACUGGCAAAUCCAGAAGCUCAUCAAGUACAUCAAGAGUGGGAAUCCAACAGCGACGGUGAUUGCGCUGUGCUGUAUGAGGGACUUCAACUUGGCUCAGGAGACGUGCCAGCUCGCGAUGAAGGACGUCGGAGGGUUGGAAGUCCUAAUCAACUUGCUCGACACUGAUGACAUUAAAUGCAAGAUUGGAUCACUUAAAAUACUGAAGGAGAUUAGCCACAAUUCACAAAUCCGCCAAUCCAUUGUAGACAUUGGCGGCCUCCAAACUAUGGUAAACAUCCUGGAUUCCUCUGAAAAGGAACUCAAGUGUUUGGCGGCUGAGACAAUCGCCAAUGUUGCUAAAUUUCGGCGGGCACGAAGGACAGUCCGGAAGCACAAUGGUAUAAAAAAACUGGUGGGAUUAAUGGACUGCGUUCCCAUGCGCUCCGCCAAUUUAAGUCCCGCGCAAGAGAAGGACAUCGAGGUCGCUCGCUGUGGGGCCCUAGCGCUGUGGAGCUGCAGUAAAAGCAGAAAAAACAAGCAAGCCAUCCGCAAGGCGGGAGGCAUCCCGCUGCUGGCGCGGCUGCUCAAGUCGCCCCAUGAGAACAUGCUCAUCCCAGUUGUGGGCACCUUGCAAGAGUGUGCUUCAGAGGCAAGCUAUCGACUCGCCAUCCAGACGGAGAAGAUGAUUGAGGACUUGGUCAAAAACUUGAACAGUGACAACCAAGAGUUACAAAUGCACUGUGCAAGUGCCAUAUUCAAGUGUGCAGAAGAUAAAGAGACCCGUGACCUUGUGCGGCAAUACGGAGGCUUGCACCCGUUGGACAUCCUGCUCGGAAAAUCGGAGAACAAGGAGCUGUUGGCUGCAGUGACCGGGGCUAUCUGGAAGUGCUCCAUCAGCCAAGAGAACGUUGCCAUUCUGCAGGAGUUGAGGACCAUAGAAACUCUGGUGUCCCUGUUAAGCAAUCAACCAGAGGAGGUGCUCAUAAACGUGGUGGGAGCGCUGGGUGAAUGCUGCCAGGAGCCAGCUAAUCGUGCCAUAAUCCGCAAGACAGGCGGCAUCCAUCCCUUGGUACAGCUGCUCACGGGCACCAACCAACCGCUCCUCAUCAACGUCACCCGAGCAGUGGGUGCGUGCGCCAUGGAUCCUGAAAACAUGGGUAUUAUCGAUCAUCUGGAUGGAGUUCGCCUACUCUGGUCCCUCCUUAAGAACUCCAACUCACAAGUGCAAGCCAGCGCAGCUUGGGCUAUUUGCCCUUGCAUUGAAAAUGUCAAGGAUGCUGGAGAAAUGGUGCGAUCGUUUGUGGGUGGGCUGGAGCUAAUCGUGAACCUGCUCAAGUCUGAUGACAACGAGGUUCUGGCCAGUGUGUGUGCAGCUAUUUCCAAAAUUGCCAAGGAUGAAGAAAACUUGGCAGUGAUAACGGACCAUGGGGUGGUGCCCCUUCUCGCCAAUUUGACGAGCACGACGGACGACAAACUGCGUAAGAACCUGGCGGAAGCGAUCGCUUGCUGCUGCACGUGGGGGAGCAACCGAGCGGCAUUUGGGGAUGCCCAGGCGGUGGCUCCGCUGGUGCGCUACCUCAAAUCCAAGGAUGCGUUAGUUCACCGUGCCACAGCGCAGGCUCUCUACCAGCUGUCCCUGGCUCCUGAGAACUGCAUCACCAUGCACAGCAAUGGAGUGGUCAAGCCACUGGUGGCCAUGGUGGGCUCCACCGACACAUUUUUGCAGGUGGCGGCAGCAGGCUGCAUAAGCAACAUCCGCCAGCUGGCUCUGGCCAAUGAAAAGGUGCGGUACGGCUGACGUAGCCCUGACAUAGCCCCACAUUUUGAUGUACAUGAAGACUCAUCCAAUAUCAGUUGCUCGUGAUGUUGCUUUGUCAGGAAUAACACAUUUGAAGACACAUCGUGAGUAAUAGGAUAUUUUUGGAGUCACCAAGAUCGUCAAUUUUUUUCAUGUACUGUAUAUGGGUUUAAUGAUAACAUUACUUAUUACACACUUAAUUACAGCCUGAUAUUCUUGUUGUCAUUCAGGAGGUUUGGUGAAUAUUUAUCUAGUACUUUGUGGACAUGUUGCACUGUUCAUGUGAAACCCUUAUUCUCUACUUAUAUUGAUAGUAAAGUGCUUAUCAUGAAAUUUCAUAGUACAUUACUCUCGAUUAUCCACGCUGACGGCGAGGAUGGCCACUGAUAAUUCAAAAUCGCGGAUAAUCCAAUAAUAUCAAUUUUCCGCAUGCUCAGAGAUAACAUUCCUGCUCCCACGCAGAAGACUCUGCCCACUAAGUGGAGAUCAGCAGAGCCACGCGAAUCAACAUCAAUCAAACUCUGCCCACUGUUGUAAAGAUAUGCAACUACUGUACUGUAGAGUUGAUCGCGUGGAUUUCGGAUUAAACCGGAGCACACAUUUGCUCGGUUUAAGCACGUAACUUGUAAUAAACAUUUCAAAGAAUAACAAUGGAUAACUCUUUUUAGAUUAUUAAUUUGGGCUUAAGGGAAAAUCCACAAGUUAUGAAUAAAUCUCGGGUGCAUGGUAAAUCUGCAAAUCUAAACCGUACGCGGAUAAUCGAGAGUCUACUGUAUUUGCAUAGCUAAUAUGGUGUAUCAUGUUGGGGGAUAUUCAAGAUAUUGCUGUUGAAGGAAUAAGUUUGUGUUUUUUUAUUGUGAAAUAAAAGUUAAUUGCAAACCCCU